AUGGCUUGGGUUCCUUUAGAAGCUAAUCCAGAUGUUAUGAACACGUUUCUUUACAGACUUGGAGUGCCUCAAAAAAUUAAAGUCGUCGACGUAUUUGGUCUCGAUCCAGAAUUAUUGGCAAUAAUACCACAGCCAGUAUUAGGACUUCUUUUAUUGUUUCCUUGUGAUGAUAAAUAUGAAGAAUAUAAAAAUAAACAGGAACAAGAAUUAAAAAAAAAAGGACAAGUUGUAUCUAACAAGUUAUAUUUCAUGAAGCAGUUUGUACAUAAUGCUUGUGGUACGAUUGCUCUCAUUCAUAGCAUUGCUAAUAUUGAAAAUUUAGAUUUAGGAGAUGGAUUUCUCAAACAAUUUUUAGAUGAUACAAGAUCAUUAUCUCCUGAUCAGAGAGGAGAAGAAUUGCAAAAAUGUAAUGCUAUUAUAGAUACUCAUUCUGAAGUAGCUAACGAAGGGCAAACAGCUCCCCCCGAUAAUAGGAUACCUGUUUUAUAUCAUUUUGUGGCUUUCGUUCAAAAAGAAGGAAAUUUAUAUGAAUUAGAUGGGAGGAAAGCAUUUCCAAUAAAUCUUGGCCCAUCGUCACCUGAUACUUUUCUCCAAGAUGCUGCUUUAGCUUGUCGUAAUUACAUGAAACGAAAUCCUGAAAAUGUUAACUUUACUGUUGUCGCAGUGACUGCAGAAUAA